AUGAAACCAUCUUUUUCAAUUCACAAAUCAAAAGAACAAGCUAAAAGCAAAAUUUAUAAAAAUAUAAUAAACUGUCCAAAUGGUACAGUUCCCAUACUGAGGAACGCAAAACAAUAUGUAGCAAAGAGUCAAUAUUUCGCAAAAAAACAUUUCAAUCCGUUCACAGUUGAAAGUCACGGAACACAUUUUGCAGGAGUUAGAUUGCAUCAUGGUCCUUAUUAUGGUAUACUAUCUUGGAUAAGUGUACAUGACUUGAAUAUUAGUGGUGACCAAGCUCCAUAUGCUCACAUAUAUGUUGGCAGGCGAUUUAACAACAAAGAUAAUGUUAUCCAAGUCGGUUGGAUGGUAAAUCCAAGUAUAUUUGGUGAUGGACAGACAUGGAGUUAUGGAUUUUGGAAGGGUGCAAAUGGAGAAAGUUGUUAUAAUACAGUAUGUCCUGGUUUUAUUCAAGUGUCUAAAACAAAUCCUUUAUCUGAACCUAUACGUCAAGCUCCGGCGGAAGAAAGAAACAUUGCUCUUACUAUUCAGAAGGUAAAAAAAUCAAAAAACUGGUGGGUAUUAGAUGUAAAUUACAAAAAACCAGAUAUCCUUCUUGGUUAUUGGCCAGGAGAACUAUUUGAUCUGAUAGAUAAUGGAGUGGACAUAAUGGGAGUUGGAGGAGCAGUCGAGUCUUCUCCGUCUGGCAGAAGCCCACCAAUGGGUAAUGGUCAUCUACCAACUCAAGACGAUAUGGAGUCUGCGCGAGUUUAUACAAUUCUCUAUCUAGAUCAGCCCACUGCAAAAACAAUGAAAAUAGUUGAUAAAUCAUAUAAGUUGGAGAAGUUAUUAGACAGUGAAAAAUGUUAUGGACUAAAUCGGGGGAAAAAAAUGUUGUUCACGUUUGGUGGACCAGGAGGAAAUUCUUGUGGAAUAUAA